AUGGGGGCCACAUCUAACAGCAAGGUUAAAGACAUGGCUCUGUUGGAGUUGAGCUAUGUUAACGCCACCCUGCAGCUACUGAAGGGAGAGCUGGAAGGGCUCAACAGCUCAGUAGAAGUUUACCAGAACCCCCAGGAAACAGCCAACAUCCCCCUCAUUGCUCUGGGUCUGAAGGAGACAAAAGAAGUCGACUUCUCAACUCCAUUCAAGGACUUCAUCUUGGAGCACUACAAUGAAGAUGGGAACAGUUUUGAAGAUGAGAUUGCUGACCUUAUGGACCUGCGACAGGCUUGCCGAACACCAGGUCGAAGUGAGGCUGGGGUGGAGCUGCUGGCAAAAUACACCAGCCAUCUUCCACUGAUGGAGAGCCGAUUUUUCUCCCCAAGUCGCCCGAAUGGCAUCUUCUUCACCUGGUAUGACUCCUUCACAGGAGUGCCAGUGUGCCAACAGAACCUGUCACUGGAGAAGGCCAGCAUCCUCUUCAACAUGGCUGCCCUGUACUCUCAGAUUGGUACCCGUAGUAACCGACAGAGAAUGGAUGGCCUGGAGGAGGCCAUCACUUCUUUCCAGAAAGCUGCAGGCAUCCUGAACCACCUGAAGGAAACGUUCACCCACACUCCCAGCUAUGACAUGAGUCCUGCCAUGCUCAGUAUGUUGAUACGGCUGAUGCUCGCUCAGGCUCAGGAGUGUCUGUUUGAGAAGACUGCACUGCCAGGGAUUCGAAACCAGUUCUACUCCUUGAUGAAAAUGGCCCAGGAGGCUGCAAAGGUCUCAGAAAUCUACGACCAGGUCUAUCAGUCCAUGAUCCAGACACCAAUUAAAGACAAUGUCCCAUUGUUCUGGUCCACAACGUCGCAAGUCAAAACCAACCACUACCGCUCCAUGGCACACUACUUUGUAGGCUCAGCACUGCUUGACCACCAACUGGGCCCCACCGAUGAUGAAGACCAACAGGAGAAGACCUUGUCACAGGUCUACGAUUGCUUUCCAGAGGGACGUUCGCCUCUGGACAUCCUGAAGAAAAAAGAUGAACGUAAACACAUUGGUAAAGCACACAUUAGACGGGCAAUCAUGGGUCAUGAGGAGGCUCUGAGGAUUUACGGAUUGUGCCACAACACGCAUAAGUUGGAUGUCCUGCAGGAAAUUUUAAAAGCCAGCCACCAGCGCUCACUCAACAAAUACAGUGAAAAUGACAGUGAGGAAGAAUUCACAGACUACUCCGAGGCCCCCGAUAUCAUCUCUAAAACAGAGCACAAAGCAGAGAUGGAGGUUCCUGCAACCAUAAAGGUGAAAGUCACCGACUUUUUCCAGAGGCUGGGCCCUCUCUCAGUCUUCUCAGCCAAGCAGCGAUGGACAGCUCCACGGACAGUACGACUUUGUCCAGAAGACAGAGACCUUGGUUUCACCCUGAAAGGAGAAUCACCAGUCCAGGUGGUUUCACUGGAUCCUCUCUGCCCAGCUGCUGCUGAUGGACUCAAUGAAAAUGACUACAUUGUUGCUGUGGGUGACACUGACUGCAAAUGGAUGGGUGUGAGUGAAGUCAUGCGUCUGCUGAAAGAUGUAAACGAGGAGGGGAUGGACAUCCAGGUGGUCAGCAUGAUGGACAGCAACCCUCCCAUGCCUACUAAGAGCGCCACCUUCUCCGGAAAUCUGCCCAAGACCUACUCCAUGAUUUGUCUGGGAUAUGAUGACAACAUCAAGAAUCCUGCAACCCGCAAAGUAUCCAAGAAGUCAUCCUUCCUCAGCUGGGGUCUGAAGAACAGGCUGAAGAGCGCCAGCACCCUCAGCCUUCCCACAGCCGACCAGUCUGGCGCCUUGUCCCGGAAUAAACCCCGUCCCGCCUUCCCCAACACCAGCUCCCACAAUGGCAGUGCGCUACACUGAGCUUGCUGCAGGCUUUUUACUAUCAGCAAGUGUUGUGCAGUAUGCAUAGUGAGACCAGUAAGCUGGACACAGUACUGUGCUGUACCCACACUGGAAUUGCUAUGGUACAGUGUCAGUGCCCUGUGGUGUUUCCACUGGAAUACUAAACAGUAGUGUGUGCAGCUUGUAUAUCAUCAGCGUAGUUGUGACAUUAAAGGUAGCUGUGCCAAAUACUGUAUAUGGGUGCCAAUGGGCACCUUCCCAGCACAGUUCAGUAUCUGAAGUAAACUGGAUUGUACACCAAACACCACAGAAAAUCUUUCUUUACCAUGCCAGUAUGUGUACAGUACAGUACAACUACACUGUGGGAAAAAAUGUACCAGUUAUCAUUCCAGGCUAUAUACUAUGUUUGUUUGUGUGUGUGUGUGUGUGUGUGUGCACACAGAGCAAUGAGACAGGCUUCUAAGUUAAACUGUCAUGUCAGUAUGGUUUCUUGAAGAAACGCUCCAGUCCAAAAACAAACUGUACACACACCCACACCCAGUGUCAGUUUCUGCUUGACUGCAAAGGAGUAACUUUUAUUGUUGCUUAAGCUUUCCCUUGUUAGCUCCAUUGUGUGCUGAUGUAGCUUUGCACUGUGCAGUCAUGUUCUCUGUGUGCCCUCAACACAUCUGUUUGACAUUGUCUUUAAGGAUUGAGUCAUUGUAUAUGUAGAUGCAACCCCUUUUUUCAGUAUGUUAAACUGUGAUUGUGUUGUGCAGUUGCUUGUUGUCUGGGGAGAGUUGAGAAAUGCAAUGUUUUAUAAGCUGCUAAAAAACUUGUAUAUACCUUGGUCAUGUAUUAUUGUAACUUCUGUAUUUGUGAGACAGCCUUAGAGGAUUAUUGUUUCUGCUCAGUGCCAUGCCUGGGACAGUGUAAAUGGAAAUAUUGGUAUUUAACAGUUUGCUUACAGUUUGCACUAGUUAUACCACAAACCAAAAUGCCUCCAUGUUCCUGAUAUGCCAGGAUGUACCAUUUCCCAUCCUGACUCAUCUUGCCCUCUUUAGGCCCUCUUCUAUCAGUGCCACUGCUGUCCAUCAGUUUGUUGAUUGUAAGAAGAGCUGUGUGUCUCUAUUAAUGUGAUUCUUAAUGUA